GGGGCUGGGUGGGCCUGUGUGAGCCGAGGUGGCUUCUGGCUGGGGAUCGUCUCUGCUGUCUGCACCUCUUGGCUCGGUUCCCCUCAGCUCCAUGACUCCCGCAUCUCCUGGCUGCAUCUGUGGGUUCGGAGUUGUCCUUAGGGGUUGAGGCCAUCUGAGUGUGUAGGGCUGAGGCCGAGAAAGAAAGGGAGGUUUCCCUGGCUUACAGCCUGACUGCUGUUUGAGUGGGAGUCUAGGGGCGCUGAUGGUUUGGAGAGACUUUUCUGAGCUACCUGCACCCCAGUCCGGGGCCUUGGCCUCCAGGAGAACUAGCCAAAGAGCUUUGGGUUGUAAAUUCCACACCCAGCUCUCUGUCUCUAGCCAGUUGAAACCUUUCUUUCUCUAAUUGCUCUUUUAGAAAAUUGGAACUCUGAUACUAUCCUCCUCCAUAAAGAUAGUAACAAUGGCAGUCAUUUCUCUUGUCCUUACUUUGUGUCAAGCACUGACACGUUUCAUUCCAUUUCAUUCUCCCAACAACUGGGUGGGGGGGAGAAUGUCAUUAGCUCUGUUUUACAGAUAGGAAAUCUGGGCCUCAAAGACAAUGUGUGAACUUUCAAGAUCACAGCUGAUAGGUGAAGUCAGUCCAAGUCUGACUCCAGUACCUGUGGCCACCGUACCAACCAGCCUUUAGGGCACCCUCCCCAGAGACAGAAAAAGGAGGAGGAAAAUCCUCAGCUCCCUGUCAGUUUUUAUUUCUGUCAUGGCUAGCAAAGACUUGCUCUGACCCAGCCCAGCAUCUCUUUGCCUUAUGUGGUGCUGCCACUGGGCCCCAGACUGAAGGGGGCACCCAAGAAGCGGGCUGUGUCCAUUCCAAGUCACCUUGACACAGAGUGUGGGUGCUGGGCUGAGCAGUCAGCUUCUCAGACAGUUGCUGUUUCUGUCCACCUCCCAUCCAUUGGCCUGAAUGAACAAACUCUGCUGCUGGGGCCCCCAGAGUCAGGGCAGUGAGGAGUUGUGGCUGAGAUGGGUCCAGCCAGUCCCUGGGGACGAGGACUGUACAGUGCGAAGGACAGUAGGCUGGGAGUUCUGAAACUUGUCUGACCUUCAGUUUCCUCAUCUGAUAGAAAGGUUAUUAAAUCCUCUCGCUAGGAAAGGUAAGAUGACCCCUGGAAGCCUCUCAGAUGGCACAGGAGAAGUGUGUGACAGGCAGAGAGGAUCUGCCUUGGAGGAGGAGAAUGGCGGCUGGAAGAGCCCCGUGUGGAGGAAGGUGCCCGCAGGACCUCUUGCUCCUGGAGAGCUGCAGACUAGGCACGGGGGACACUUCUGAGUGCCUGGCUGCUGCCACUCACCCCGUGUCUUCUGGCCGCUUCCCUCUUUGCUGCCCCUCCCCACAGGCUCUCCCUCUCCACCUCCUGGGGCCCAUCAUGAAUGGUACCCCUUCCCCAGAGGAUGGGGCCUCCCCCUCCCCCCCUCCCCCGAGUUGGCGGGAGUUCUGCGAGUCCCAUGCCAGGGCUGCUGCCCUGGAUUUCGCCCGUCGUUUUCGCCUCUACCUGGCCUCCCACCCCCAGUACGCAGGGCCUGGGGCUGAGGCUGCCUUCUCCCGCCGGUUUGCUGAGCUCUUCCUGCAGCACUUUGAAGCUGAGGUGGCCCGGGCCUCUGGCUCCCUCUCACCGACAUCCAUCUUGGCUCCCCUGAGUCCUGGUGUGGAGGUCCUGCCACCUCAUGACCUGGCCCUUGAGAGCUGCAGGGUGGGAGGGCCUCUGGCUGUGCUGGGCCCUUCUCCAUCCUCUGAGGACCUGGCCGGCCCCCUGCCAUCCUCCGUCUCUUCCUCAACGACCUCCUCGAAGCCGAAGCUCAAGAAACGCUUUUCCCUCCGCUCAGUGGGUCGCUCUGUCCGAGGUUCAGUGCGAGGCAUCCUGCAGUGGCGGGGGGCUGUCGACCCUCCAUCCCCAGCUGGGCCCCUGGAGACCUCUUCAGCCCCCCCAGUCCUAGGUGGAAACAGCAACUCCAACUCCUCUGGUGGAGCUGGGACUCUUGGUAGGGGACUGGUCAGUGACGGCACGUCCCCCGGGGAGCGAUGGACUCACCGAUUUGAGAGGCUGAGACUAAGUCGGGGUGGGGGGACCUUGAAGGACGGAUCAGGGAUGGUGCAGAGGGAGGAGCUGCUGAGUUUUAUGGGGGCCGAAGAGGCUGCCCCUGACCCAGCUGGAGUGGGCCGGGGAGGAGGGCAGUCUCAGUGGCAGAAGUGUCGCUUACUGCUGCGAAGUGAGGGAGAAGGAGGAGGAGGAAGCCGCCUGGAGUUCUUCGUGCCACCCAAGGCGUCCCGGCCCCGGCUCAGCAUCCCCUGCUCCGCUAUCAUGGAUGUUCGGACAACCACAGCCCUGGAGAUGCCGGACCGGGAGAACACGUUUGUGGUUAAGGUGGAAGGCCCCUCGGAGUACAUCCUGGAGACAGCUGACGCUGCCCACGUGAAGGCCUGGGUGUCCGACAUCCAAGAGUGCCUGAGCCCAGGACCCUGCCCCGCUACCAGCCCCCGCCCCAUGACCCUCCCUCUGGCCCCCAGCACCUCCUUCCUCACAAAGGAGAACACGGACAGCCUGGAGCCCCCUUGCCUGAAUCACUCGGAGAGUCUGCCGAGUCAGGACCUGCUACUGGGGCCCAGCGAGAGCAACGACCGCCUGUCCCAGGGGGCGUAUGGGGGCCUGUCCGAGCGGCCCUCUGCAUCCAUUUCCCCCAGCUCGGCCUCCAUCGCAGCCUCCCAUUUCGACUCAAUGGAACUGCUUCCCCCAGAGCUGCCCCCCCGAAUCCCCAUUGAGGAGGGCCCCCCGGCAGGCACAGUUCAUCCUCUCUCGACCCCCUAUCCUCCUCUGGACACCCCGGAGACAGCCACAGGGUCCUUCCUGUUCCAGGAGUCGGAAGGCGGGGAGGGGGACCAGCCCCUCUCGGGGUACCCGUGGUUCCACGGCAUGUUGUCUCGACUCAAGGCCGCCCAGUUAGUGCUGGAAGGAGGCACCAGCUCCCACGGGGUCUUCCUGGUUCGGCAGAGCGAGACGAGGAGGGGCGAAUAUGUCCUCACUUUCAAUUUCCAGGGCAAGGCCAAGCACCUGCGCUUGUCACUGAACGAGGAGGGUCAGUGCCGGGUCCAGCACCUGUGGUUCCAGUCCAUUUUUGAUAUGCUCGAGCAUUUCCGGGUGCACCCCAUCCCUCUGGAGUCUGGAGGCUCCAGUGACGUUGUCCUUGUCAGCUAUGUGCCCUCCCAGCGGCAGCAGGAAUCGAACACCUUCCAUGACCCACCCCAGCCCCCUGAACCCCCUUCAUGGACAGAUCCCCCACAUCCUGGGGCAGAAGAGGCGUUGGGGGCGCCAGAAGUGGCGGCAGCUGCGGCAGCCAAAGAGAGGCAAGAGAAAGAGAAAGCGGGCAGUGGAGGGGUCCCGGAAGAGCUGGUCCCCAUGGCUGAGCUGGUCCCCGUGGUUAAAUUGGAAGAGGCCGUAGCGCCAGGCACAGAGGGCCAGGGCGGCGCUGGCCCUGGUGGGGACUCAGGGGUGACCCUGAUGGUACAGCUCCAGCAGUUACCACCAGGGGGCAACGGCGAAGGGGGCCGUCCCAGAGCCAUUAAUAACCAGUACUCCUUUGUUCGAGAUGCCCCACCCUGCCCUGCGCCCUCUUCCUGCUCCCCAGCCCUGGUUCCUGAGAGGGGGCCCAGGAGGGACACAGAGGAGAGGUGGGGCCCCGCACUCUUCCUGACCCGACAGCCGAGGGCGGGCAUGUACAGUGUGGGUACCAGCCGGUCCAGGCCCCGCUAACUCCCUGACUACGCUGCAGGUGCCCCUGCCCCAGGCAGGGGUUUGGGCUCCAUUACCUCCCUGAGGGGCUCUUCCAGCCAGCCCCACCUCUGGGGCCAUUUCCCCCGAACCACCCCACUCGCCAAAGCAAGGGUGAGGGGAAGGGCUGUCAGUUACGUUAAGGUGGUUGUUGUUGUUGUUUUAAACAAAAUGGAGAAGCAUAAACAAAUAAAGGGGUUUAUCUCAGUU